AUGAAGAGAAUAAGGAUCGACAGAUUAUCGAGUCAAUUGCUCGCUGCGACUCCAGCCCGCCCGCCGCCCAGUUCAAACAGAAUACCCCGAGCUCUGGCAGCAUCCCGUCUAUCGCCAGCCCCAUCGGUCUGCCAGACAAGAUGCCAAUCCACGGCUGCGUCACCCGAGGUCAUCUACGAAGAUGCAGGACGUGAUGUAGCCGCCCCAAAACCUAUAGACUACAGCAAGAGGCCGCUCCCGUCACCACAUCCCGACCGGGCCCUGCGGUCUGCCAAACUUGCCGCCCUCCACGCGCGACUCUCCCUCUCCUCCAAGAUUCCCCUUCAGACCCUCGCCCGAACGCUCAUAGACCCGUCCGCCGACGCGCACCCCCGAUUCAACAACGUAAACCUCGCCUUCGUCGGCGCUGCGCUCCUGCAGUACCACACAUCCGAGUUCCUCGUGACCCGGUACCCGCGCCUGCCCAUGACGAUCUUGUUUGCUGCCAUGAAGGGGUACGCAGGCGUGCCAGCACUGCACCAGAUCGCGCGGGCGUGGGGUAUCGAAGCAGCAGCAACCCCCGGCGAGGAGGUCGACCCGGGUCUACUGCAGUUCGCGCCGGACAGGCCAACAGUCACGAUGAACAGAUGGGGGUACGUGCGCGCCGAGUCUAAAGAGCUGCAGCGAUACAAGUGGCGGAGGGGUGUGAGCAGCCGUAUCCUGUACGACGAUGCAUUCGGCGAGCUGGUGCCGGGCGAGUCGGAGCAGAGCCACGACGGGCUAGAGCUCAGCAAACAACGGAACACGAAGGACAUGAUCGUGGAGGACGUGGCUCAGAACGCCCAUGCAAACUUCGUACGGGCCGUCAUCGGGGCCGUCUAUCUGCACUGCGGGCGCGACGUCGCGAAGACGUUCGCCAAGGCACAUGUCCUCUCGAGACAGUUGGAUCUGGCGAACCUCUUCAACUUCAAGCUUCCCACGAGAGAGCUCGUACGUCUGUGUGCGAGAGAGAACUUCGAUGCGCCAGUUGCGAGGUUACUGAGCGAGACGGGUCGUCUCAGCAGGACACCUGUAUUCGUCGUCGGAAUUUACAGCGGAACAGACAAGCUUGGCGAAGGCGUCGGUCCGAGUCUGGACGCCGCGAGGAUAUCAGCUGCUAUCAACGCACUGAAGUCCUGGUAUCUGUACAGCCCUGGCGACACCGUCGGCGUGCCCAGCGAUACGCUGGCCGAGGAUGCCGCGCCCUGGAAGCCUGUCUACGUGGAUAUUGGAGAGAUAAUAUCGUAG